CCUUAAACUGCUCAAUCGCAGGAUGAUAAUGAAGAUAAUUCAAAUGAUGGGACCCAACCACCCAAAAGGAGGCGAAUGGGCUCAGGAGAUAGCUCUAGGAGUUGUGAGACUUCAAGUCAAGAUCUUGGCUUUAGCUACUAUCCAGCAGAAAAUUUGAUAGAGUACAAAUGGCCACCUGAUGAAACAGGAGAAUACUAUAUGCUUCAAGAACAAGUCAGUGAAUAUUUGGGUGUGACCUCCUUUAAACGGAAAUAUCCAGAGCGACGAGAUUUGUCCCAUAAGGAGAAACUCUACCUGCGGGAGCUGAAUGUCAUCACUGAGACGCAGUGUACUCUAGGUUUAACAGCAUUGCGCAGUGAUGAAGUGAUUGAUUUAAUGAUAAAAGAAUAUCCAGCCAAACAUGCUGAAUACUCUGUUAUUUUACAAGAGAAAGAACGUCAGCGAAUUACAGAUCAUUAUAAAGAGUACUCUCAAAUGCAACAACAGAAUACUCAGAAAGUUGAAGCCAGCAAAGUGCCUGAGUACAUUAAGAAAGCUGCCAAAAAAGCAGCUGAAUUUAACAGCAACUUAAACCGGGAACGAAUGGAGGAGAGAAGAGCUUAUUUCGACUUGCAGACGCACGUUAUCCAGGUGCCUCAAGGGAAGUACAAAGUGUUACCGACAGAGCGAACCAAGGUCAGUUCUUACCCAGUGGCCCUCAUCCCCGGACAGUUCCAGGAAUAUUACAAAAGGUACUCACCGGAUGAGCUGCGGUAUCUGCCGUUAAACACCGCGCUUUAUGAGCCCCCUCUGGAUCCUGAGCUCCCGGCCCUAGACAGUGACGGCGAUUCAGAUGAUGCCGAGGAUGGUCGAGGUGAUGAGAAGCGGAAACACAAAGGCACUUCGGACAGCUCCUCUGGCAACGUGUCUGAAGGGGAGGGCCUUCCCGACAGCCAGGAGGAGCCUUUCCAGGGAAGACAGAGAUCCAAGGACAAAGCUGCUACUCCAAGAAAAGAUGCUUCCAAACGUUCUGUACUGUCCAAGUCAGUCCCUGGGUACAAGCCAAAGGUCAUUCCAAAUGCUCUAUGUGGAAUUUGUCUGAAGGGUAAGGAGUCCAACAAGAAAGGGAAGGCUGAAUCACUUAUACACUGCUCCCAGUGUGAUAAUAGUGGCCAUCCUUCUUGCCUGGAUAUGACCAUGGAGCUUGUUUCUAUGAUUAAGACCUACCCAUGGCAAUGUAUGGAAUGUAAAACUUGCAUUGUAUGUGGACAACCCCACCACGAAGAAGAAAUGAUGUUCUGUGAUGUGUGUGACAGAGGUUAUCAUACUUUUUGUGUGGGCCUUGGUGCUAUUCCAUCAGGUCGCUGGAUUUGUGACUGUUGUCAGCGAGCCCCCCCAACACCCAGGAAAGUGGGCAGAAGGGGGAAAAACAGCAAAGAGGGAUAAAGUAGUUUUUUGAUCCCAAUAUUGUGAUAUGGAUUUAAAUGAAAUAUUUGGUGCCAACUUAUUUACAUUCUCAAUUUUAUGCCAAUAAAAGAUUUCUGAAAUUAACUAUGUGCUUAAAA